CGUACUUCAUUCAGUACGGCACCUGAUAUACAAUUAGACAUUGUUACAGCUUCCCAAAGGAAUUAAAAAAUUGCCAUAAUAGAGGAAGCAAUGUCUGAAGUAAUUGUCCCCCAGAAUCAGAGCCGAGCUAUGGGUGGUGGCAUUAAGAGAGACCAUCAAGGAAAGGAGAAGGUGGCGGACAGCAGGGCUACUAGGGAUAUGCCUCGCAACCAGUACACUUCCAUGUUCGAGACUUUUCGCGACGAAUUAGACGAGCAUCAUGAUCGCCGUAUGAAAAUUGGGAAGGUUUCUCGAGAUGUCACAGCUCUCAGUAAGAAGAUAAUAUUCUCACUACAACGUGUCCGCAAGCUAAACCAGCCGCUUCCCCCUCGCAUUCAAGCAGACGUCGAUGAACGUCUAAAGGAGAUAGCAGCGCACUUAGCUACCAUCGAGUCUGACGUGACCGGGAUGAACCGCUACCGUUACCCGUUGAUAUGUCUAGAAGAAUUUGUCGAAGCAAUCUCCUUCUCUCAUUAUCUCCAACACCAGAAGCUUCUCUCGCCGUCACAGGCCCAAGAUGCCCUACCAGCUGAUAUAGCACUAACGGCCCCUGACUACCUAUUCGGCAUAUUUGACUUAACCGGCGAGAUGAUGCGCUUCGCGACUGCUGUUACCGCACUAAGCGGAAGCAUGCCGGGGUCAGGCACUAAAGGCUCCGACAAUGACCGGACUAUAUUGAACGAUCUCCAAGAUGUAAGUUCCAUGCUUCAGAUCUGUCCGCCCGCUGGUGGAAAGCCAAACGUCUACGCCAAGAAGUUGGACAUCAUGAUCGAGCAGGUCCGGAAGGUGGAGAUAGUUGGAUACGGUAUCACAGUUCGAGGUAACGAGCGGCCAAAGGGCUGGAUGCCGGAUAUGAACGAGUCUGGCGGGUUUGAGAGGGAUCAGGAGGAUGUGUCUAUGGAUUGAUGCGUCGGUAGCCCCUAUUCGACUCCUACCCAAAGGAACACAGCUACACUAAGACUUUUCUCUGGGCCAGAGGUGUAUAAUCGAUUGCGUUUCCUUACCAGACACCGUCGUCGCCGAGUCGGCAGAGUAGCCAUUGCCAUUCAAUCUGCUUUCCAUCGAAGGAAGGCUGUACGAAGUAGAUGCUGCGUGUUGGGCAUCCUGACUGUUGUUAAUGUUAGUGUGUCCUAUCUCCAUUCGCCCGGUGUAUACCCAUGCAAUAUGUGGUUCUACAUGCACUUCAUCAACGCAUAUCGAACAGGGAGAUCAGGGGGAGCUCCACAUCGUGUGAACCUCAUUUUCCGAGCCCGUGAUUAUUCUAGGUAUUUUUUAUGUUCUUUUUUUUUUAAAAAAAAAAAGAAAGAAAGAAAGAAAAAAGAGGAAAUAAAGGAAGAGAGCUGCCCAAGUAUA